GUUGUUCUAGAGGCAGAGAGGGGAGUAGUCCAUCCUUUUCCCUCUCCACCCUUCCUUCAGGGAGGAGAUUGUAUUAGCUGCAGCUUGUCUGGGGAGACUGGUGUACCAGACCUUCCUAUUCACACCAGCAAAGCUGCAGCCAAACUACUGCAAGGGAGAUGCGUACCCUUCUGUUAUCUAUAGGACCAGCAUGGCACCGGGUGACUGUGGGGAGUGAGGAUCCAGUAUUCAGUAUCACAACUGACAGCAGAGGCCGUGAGAUGCAGCAAGACCUCCUCAUUGGCUGAUACGAUACAUUGCGCAGAUCACAGCGUGGAAUCACUGAUGGCAGACGUAGUGAGUUGUGUGACAAGAUGUACAGGUAACAGGUCCAGGGGUUACUGUCUGUGAUUUCAGCUGACCAUGGAGUGAUCCACCUUGCGGAUAACAGAAUGAGACAAUCACUGUGCUGUUCCACCUACAUAUCGCUGCUUGUUCUAUGGGGUUGUGCUUUCAGUAAUCCUGGCUAUCUCCUGCUUAAACAAACCCACCACAUAGCCUUUAGCAAAUCUUCUAUUCAAGUUGAAUUUCAUAUCGCAGAAAAUUCCAGCAUAUCUACAAAUGCUACGGUAACUUUGCUGGAAAUGAAGAACAACCAGGUAGUUACAAAUAAAGAACUUCCUGCAAACACAUCGCAAGGUAUUUUGGAAUUUGAGUGCAUCCAUUUCACAUCGGCUGGUCUAUAUCAGUUUCAGAUGAGCCUGGAGAGAAAUAAUGACAGCGCUAUUCACAUAACCAGCAGCUUCUUGAAUGUAACUUGGCCAGUGUUCCACGUGGAUCUGAACAGAACCUCAAAAGAUAUGCAGAGAUCCUUCCAGGUCGGGGUCUUCACGAAUGAGCAGCUUUGCUCAGGAUUUUCGGGUCAGGAGCCCAAGAUUUCACUAGAAGUUGAGCACACUCAGAGCUUCCAAGGGCUGUCAGAACCAAACGUUCAUCAGUUCAUGGUGUAUAAAACGUACAAGGAUGUCCCUUUGUCCACAUCACAAUGGGUAGAAUUUGAAUGUGCAUCUGUUCACCCAGAAGCCUUUAUCACAGUGUCUCUGAAACCAAUAGAUUCUGAGUCGGUCAUUGCCUACAUUGGACCCAUUGAUCUUGUAAAGACCUUUAAAUAUAAGCUAACCACCAUGACAGAAAAAAAAUGUGAUUCCUCAAUGACCGUCCAUGUUAUAGCACCUCCAUGUAAUUAUGUUGAGGGCAAAAUUAUUGUAUACAAGGAGUCUCCUAGAAGCCCGGGAGAAGUUGUCACCACGUUAGCGGAAAAUACUCUGCAAAAAGGGGAGCGGAACUCUCAGUUCAACUGUACGUUGUUUGAGAUCGGCAAAAACAAGUAUUGCUUUGAGUUCUUGGUGUCUUCAAGCAGCAGUCCCAACUUCUCACUUCCAAGGGCCAAACAGUGUGUGGAGAUUCGGAGAGAAAUAGAGACGUGGAGUCUGUGGCAGCCAUGGAGUUCCUGUAGUACCACCUGUGGGGAUGGCCACAGAGAACGGUACAGAACCUGCCUUUCAUCACCAUCUGUAAAGCCUUCUUGUAGUGGAACAGCAAAAGAGACCUCUCUCUGUUCGCUAGAAGACUGCUCAACUGUGAAGCCCUCAAGCAAAUCUACCACAAAUGCCAAGGACGUUCCAAAUACGAGUAACACAGUGACUAUCACUGGAAUUUCUCUCUGUCUCUUCAUCAUUUUUGUUACUGUAGUGAUUACCGUAUGGAGAAAAUUUGGCAAAGGAUGCAAGUGCCGCCCAACAACCAGGCAUAGCUCUGCCCAUUCAGUGAAUUGUUGGAGAAACUCAGACGAGGAGAAUAUCUACCAAAUGAGGGAAAGCUUCUCUGAUGCAGGGGAAGGUCAGCCAGAAGGGAUGGAAGAUGGAGUCCACAUACCUCUAAAUUACAGACAAAACAACUGUGACACCCAAGAGGUGGCUCCAACUGAAAAUGACUGUACUCAAGUAAACAACCAGAAGAUAAUUCCACCGAUUUUCAGUUAUCGUCUUGCUCAGCAGCAGCUAAAAGAGAUGAAACAAAAGGGUCUGAAAGAAACCACAAAAGUAUAUCACGUCUCUCAGAGCCCAAUGGCCGAUACAGCUCUAGACAUCUCUAUGGCUCCACCGCCGGUCAAUGAUAAUUUAGAGGAGAUGGCAACAAAUAAGUUUCGGAUACAGUCUCCAUUUUUAGAGACAAAAAAUAGCCAUUGCAGAAAUGCUGGUGAAAGGACUUACCCAAAGUUUUCACAGGCACCUGGAUACAGCCCCAAUCAAACAUUGCCCAAAGCUUCGCACCUUAAGAACGCAGAUACUAAAGCAAAGUAUGACAGAGGCUAUCAAAAAAAUAAUUUCCGAAGAACAUCUAGUUUUCAUGAAACUAAACACAAACCCUACAGGGAAAGAAGUCUAACAUCCCUUUCUCCAAGGCAACAAAUGAUUUACAACUCAAGAACCCGUAUGUGGGAGAAUUCUACAGUAGACAGAUCAAAUAAAAAGCCCACAGGACUGGAAAGAAGUCCAGAAUACCUUACACGAGGCAUCUCUCUUCCUUUAGAGGCAGCUGGACAUUUGCCCAGAAAUCAAUAUGCUCGACCAGGCGAGAAACCUGAUUUAAUCUGUAACAGGCAUACUACUGGCAGGCAGUCUAAAAUGGAGCGACCAGAUCAGAACCGAGUACGCAAAGGACCUUCGCCAGUUGAGAAGUCUUGGAACAGGACCAAAAAUGUCUCACCUUCUCCAAAAGACAUCCACCACAGGAAGAGCCCACAAAGUCCUGUUCAUUUCCGACGGGAAAAGUGUCAGAGUUUUCCUUGGGGCGCGGAUUAUUCUUUCUAUGACAACUCCACAUUUGGGCUCACAGAGGCUGAACAACAGAUGCUUGACUUACCUGGAUAUUUUGCUUCGAAUGAAGAAGAUGAGACAAGUACAUUAAGUAUUGAAAGACUGGUGAUUUGAUCAGAUAGUUUUUUUGUUUUUGUAUACUUUGCACAAUGUUUAGACUUCGUAUUAAUGGGGAUUAUUGACUGUCACUGUUGAGAAUUAGAAAUCCUAGAACAUUGGAUAAAAAGGAAAGUAGCUGUGUUUCUGAUAUUUGAAAUAGAAGAAUGAUCAGUAGUGAUUAACAAACUAUUCCGUACCCUGAUUCAACCCCAACUCUUCCUCUCAGUAUUAUUUACCAAAGAAAC